CGCGUGGCGUGCUUUAUUGAACUUGUUGGUUGGUUAAAAUGGUUAAGACCGAAGAAAAGAAACUUGAGUUGAUUUCUUUAUGACUAUUCUAUGAAAUAUUUGUUGUUAAGACGAUGUGAAAUGGAAAGAAUAUAAAAAAACGGACAUAGACAAAGAGUAAAUUAAUUUUUUAAGAUUAUAUUCUGUUGGUUUGGGUACAAAGUGCAUUAACAAAAUGUUGAGAAAACAGCAAGUUUUUCUGUUGGAUGUUGGGAAAGGGAAUUUUUGACACAGACCUGUCUUUACAAAGUCCAAAACUACUUUAGCGUAAGGGCUGGAAGACCUGUCAAUUGAAGAAUGUCAAAAUUGUCGGAGAUAAAAAAAAGAAAACAGAAGACGGAUGGUGACGUCUCUUACUAAAAGAUACAACACAGAAGAAUAUUGUUGAGUCUGGACCUUACCCCAACAAGUAUGGUGAAGGAGUCUUGUCCUGUCCUAUUUUCCAAUUGUUGACUCUCUAAAAAGAACAUCCCAAUGGAGAAGAACAUAUCUAAAAAGUUACAUGAGUUUUCAGCUGCAAUGUUGGUGGAAGAAUAACGCUGGACAGAUCAAGCUGAAUUAUUCACAUCCAAAUCCAAAACAUCAAACAAAGAAAAAGUGAAUCAUAUUGUUGGAAAAUGUUUAGUGACUGUAUUCUAGGUGCAUUAUCUACGACUCUACGUUAUCUCCAAUAAAAACCGAAUUAGCUUGCUCUUCACUCAUCAAGCACGAAAGAUUGCAGUUAAUUAAACAAAGACAGAGUUUGUUUCGCCAUAACAAAGAGUCUAGGGAAAGCCCCGGACAAACCCGUUCUUGUUAUAAGAACACGAAGCAUUUAAGGAAAUGUUUGCUUCAGCCAUAAUAUUUGCAGCUGCUGUCCCACUGGUAUUGGCAAACAACGCCCCAACCUAUUCUAGUGAUGUCUCCAGUACGGCCGACAAUUCGUGUGAGAAUUAUCCUCCGCUUAGUGGUGCAAAAGUUCCACAAAAUGGAAAAGCGUCUAAUUCUUCUUAUCCUGAUGAUGGCUGUGGAGACUAUUCUGUCCGAUUUAAGGGCGAUGGAUACUGUUAUUCACUUCUGAAGAAAGGACCUUGUGAGAAUGUGUUAUUUUGGAUUACGGUCGACCCGUAUACUUACGAGGGAAUAUGCACUCCUCGCCUUUGUGGCAGAGAAAAAGUGUUCGUCGGUCGAGAUGGUCUUUGUCACGAUGUUUACGAUACUAAAGAGUGUCGCGGAGGUAGGCGUCUUUAUUACUCGGCUUACGGAGAUCCAAUUUGUGAUUGUCCUAUUGGGCAAUAUCCAUUCCCAUCGGAAGAAGACGAUUGCGUUCCUUUAUUUACUCAAGGGCCGUGUCCAACCAAUCAGGUUGUAUCCGUUAGUUCAUCUGGUAAAUUAGAGUGUUUCCCCAACACUUGUCAACUUGUUGAUAGAUAUCAGGACUGCCUCCUGCAAUUGGUCCCAGUUAAACAAUCAAGAAUAAGUAACGAUGACAACGGCGAUGAAUAUGGAUACUGCUAUGGGUUAGGCACUCGUGGACCUUGCUCACCUUCUGAACUUUUUGGUUACAACAUCUUUCACUGUCAGGGAGAGUGUGCUGACAUGGAUGACCCUAGAACGCCUUACUUUUCUUCUCCGGAAGAGAAUGCAAUUUUAGAUGAUGUCUUUGAUCGGGCCGCAAACGAACCCAUAAAAACAAAGAAUAACAAAAGUAAUACGUUUUUAUGUGCACAACGGUUAUCAAGAAAACGAAGACAAGGUAUCAAUACUUUUGGGAUAUUCCAACAGACAAGUAGAAUUCCAACAUCUCUCCUAAAUCCUUGUCAACCUGGCGGUCGAAACGGAAAUAAUUUCAAGUGUGCAAAUCCUUUGGUUCCUAGUAGACCCAUACGUGACGUUAGUAAGCCUGUCAGUCCUGCUUUCGGUUGCCGACCAAAUGAUUUCUUGCGAGCUACUGGACAAUGCGGUAGCAACCGUGUGCCAGCUAGCUGCGGACCUUCUUACAAAUUCAUCAAAGCUACAAACCAAUGUAGACCAAUUCGCUUUUGAAUUAAAUUCGCUUUGUAAUUAAAGAAUAUAGUGGAUAAUCCUGAAAUUCAACACAACUAAUUUCGUAAUUGAUGCGAAAAUACAAGUUUCUUAAUAUCGUA